GUGCCUCCAUCAAACGCGGAGAGAGAGAGAGAGUUCAACAAUAUUAGAUAAAAACAACUGAUGAAUAAAACAUAAAGAAAGAAAGACAGACGAACUGAUACGAGAAAAUACGAGCGGGAGUGUAGCAGCACAGAUGAAGCAGACUGUCUGCGGGCUUGAGUCAUGAACAGUCGCUCGAUCGCGCGCUGGCUGGGACAGAUCGGUCUGCCGCAGUACACGAGCGCGCUGGAGAAACACACCUACGGCCUCGAGGGUCUCCUAUUAGUAACAGAAGAUGAUCUUAGACUUAUGGGAGUUGAAGAUCCAGAUCACAGAACAACCAUCAUAAAUCAACUUCAGAAACAGCAGCCUGAGAAAGAGAAUAACUCUGCAGUAAUGACUGGCACUAUGAGCCGUAAGUACUCACUGGCCUCAUCUUUUGACCUGGUCAAACCCACCACUGACCUCUUCCGUCACAGCAUUGUGCCAAGGCUGCGUCGCCGUGACAACCACAGAGUCUCCGCCUCCUGCCUCCAGCUCCCAUCCCACACCUGUGACGAAGACCACGCCUUCUCCACCAAACACAAACUCAGCAAGAGGAAGAGUGUGACGGCCUUCAUCAGUCAGGUGUUCUCAGGCCUGAAGGACAUGGACUCUCUGAAGAAGGAGCUGGAGGAGGAACUCAAACUCAGCACUGAGGAUCUGAGGAGUCACGCCUGGUAUCACGGACAGCUGCAGCGCGAGGGAGCGGAGCAGCUGUUGAGUAGAGAUGGGGAGUUUCUGGUGCGUGACUCCAGCUCCAGCGCCGGUGAAUACGUCCUGAGCUGCAUGUGGAAAAAUCAACCCAUGCACUUCAAAAUCAUACGUGUCGUGCUGCGACCCAAACAGGGUUACACCCGGGAGCUCUUUCAGUUUGAGAACGAUCAGUUCAAUAAUAUUCCAGCCUUAAUUCGCUUUCACGUCGGCGGACGGCAUCCCAUCUCACAUUCCACCGGAGCCAUCAUCUUUCAGCCAAUCACACGCACUGUGCCUCUACGCAUCAUCAGCGAGCGCCAGGCUGCGAGGUCAUCAAGCUCCUCCCUUCUGUCACGGGGUCAGAGCAAGAGGCGGAGCCUGAGCUCCUCUCAGAAGGACACACUGCAGGUCAACAGCAACAACCUGCUCAGGAGCGGCAGUCAACCUGCUAAUCUGGAGACAGUUGGGAGACCGUCACUACAGUCCGCUCAAUCUGACAGCAACCUCCGCACAGGUAUCCCACAGAGCUGUCUGUCACAGGAGUCCAGCCCCGCUCCCGUCUCCCCCGUGUUCCGCACAGGAAGUGAGCCUGUUCUCAGCCCAGCCGCUUCCUGUGCUGCUCCGCCCAGCCAGUCGAGUCUCGGCGGCUGUCCUCUGCGUGGUUCUGAUGGACAGCUGCAUUCACGUGCGCCUCCCAAACCGCUGCGGAUCUCCAUCGUCUUCACCCCGACUCAACACGAAUCCAGUCCGGAGCCUGAUUCCACCGGCCUCUAUGGUGAGCUGGUGCCACAGGUCCCCAUCACCAUGUUGCCCAAAGGUCACACGGCACGUCUCCGUGCUCAGGAGCGAUGGACCAGCCGCGCGCGUCUCACAGAGACCAGCUUUGGCUUCCUGGAGGCGCAGAAGCUGGAGGAGGAGCGCAGGGAGAGCGAGGGGAUCGAGGAGGAGGAGCGAGACUGGCGUUUCGAGCGGCCGCAGACUGAGACCACAUCAUGUUUCCGAGUGGAUGAGUUCCGCUCGCUCAUGCUGCCGGACACCAACCGUCCGCUGGAUCAGAGCGUGCUGCUGAAGGUCAAAGAGCUGCUGACGCACACCGACGCCAGGACCACCGCACUGCACAUGCUCAGCGUCAACUGCCAGGUGGCUCGGGUCACAGGGGUGACGGUGGAGCAGAAGAGGAUCAUGGGAGUGGAAACCGGUCUGGAGCUCAUCACGCUGCCGCAUGGAGGCCAGCUCAGACAGGACCUGCUGGAGAGGCAUCACACUCUAGCUCUGGGCGUGGCGGUGGAUCUUCUGGGCUGUACGGGGACGGUGGGUCAGCGGGCGACGGUGCUGCACAGGAUCAUCCAGCUGGCGCAGGAGCUGCGCAACACCACACACGACCUGUACGCCUUCUCCGCCGUCAUGAAAGCGCUGGAGCUGCCGCAGGUGGUGAGGUUGGAGUUGACGUGGAGAGCGCUGAGGCGGAAUCACACCGACAGCGCCGUGACGUUCGAGAAGAGUCUCAAACCCUUCAUGAAAUCCCUGAAUGAGGGAGACGAUGCCGAGGUGUCGGGGCCGCUGUCUCUGCCGCACAUGGUGCCGCUGCUGAGGCUGAUGGAGGGCGAGGACAGCGUGGAAUCCACCGACAGAGGCUGCCAGCUGCUCUACAACCUGCUGCAGUCGGCACGCAACGCCGCGCUGCACGCUAACGACUGCACGCAACACGCUCACGGCCUGCUCUCCGCCGGAUGGGAGCCAAUCCCAGAGCUGCUGGAGGUGUUUCAGACGGAGUUCACCCUUCGGCUCUUCUGGGGACAAACGGGGGCCAAAGCUGAUCGCAAGGAGCGCUACACCAAAUUUGACAGGAUCCUCACGGUCCUCUCCAACAAACUGGAACCGGACGGCAGCUCUGAGUUUUGACCUGGCGAACACGGGACCUGAACCGCUCGAUGAAUGAACCCACAUCUGAGUUUAAUAUUCCUGUCAUGUAUUGUAUAUUUAGAUUGCAGUAAAUGUUAAAACAGACCAGAAAGACUGUCCAAACCAAAGCACAAUCAGAUGAUAAAGGACUUUCAAACAUGAUGCUGUUGUAAAGGUGAAGUGUGUCCAUUCUCUCAUUAUAAAAUUUUAACACUGAAAACAUGACACGCUUCACCUUCAGUUUGUUUACAGUGAUGAUGAUGUUGUUUUAAAGCUGUGAUUGUGUUCACACCUGAGUGAAAUGUGGCCAAAUCUAUAUGCUUAAUUUCAGAGGCACGCUUUCUCUUACCGGAGGCAUUUCUGACAGUUUAUAUGUAAAGAAUAUAUUUUCAUUUCUUAAUGGAUUAAAGUGGAAAUUAAUAUAUCAAAUGAAGUCUUACUUUCAAAUAUAGUCAGGAUUAGGUAAACAGACUACUCAGUGAAUUGAAAACGGUCAGAUGGGACUGAAUAAAAGUCAAAAGUGAACAAUAAGCAAAAAUAUAAGGAAAAUAGUAGUGGAGCAAGUUAAUUCAUUUUGGUGUAAUAAAAAUGACUUUUAGAUGUCUGUGCACCAAUGAAUUCACACACCGUGGAAUCCCUGGAAAAUGUACUGAAUUGCAUAAGAAUGAAUUUGGUUUCACUUUGACUGGCAUUUAAUAACUGUUGUGUGCAGCCAGCAGGGGGAGACAAACACCAAAACACAUCCCGCACACCUAAAACCAGCAAACUCACCGACACACCAUUACAACUGUACCAAAAACAAUAGAACAGCGCCGUGAUUUAAACAUGCUUGCCUUUGAAUUAAAAAAAAAAAAAAACUCAUGUUUAUAUACCUUAAUGCCCGUUCACACCAAGAACAAUAACUAUACCU